GCAUUGCCGUGUGAUAAGAUACAUCCCCCUUCUCCUCUGCCUCCAUUCAUGAAAUUCUUCUCUCUUCAUUCGGGUUUACAAUGAAGGAGACACUUGAAAAAAGAAAAUUGGUCGAAGAAUUGAGGAAAGCGAGCAAAGCGAUAAAAGGAAAGAACCCGUCGACAUACCCUCUCCCAUUCCGGCCCAUCCAGGAUGGUAGAUACUCCUUGGGCGUAGAUGAGGAUGACAAGCAAUGCCUGAAUGUCCUCUUCCUCGGCUUGGCCGGAUCAGGGAAGUCGAUGUUGCAGGAGGCGAUGGCAAAUUACGGACUGGGAGUGGAUCUUUUGGAUCUCUAUCGAUUUCAGGUGAAAGUGGACCAACCCACGGAGAAGAUCACUUCACAUACCUUUUUCACCAGAGACGAAAAAAGGUUCCCUCGUCCUGUCACCUUCAUCGAUACCCCUGGCUUCCAAAGAGGGACGGUCGUGCAGGACUGCAAGUUGAUGGAAGACAUUCGUGUUUACAUCCGAUCCAAACACGCGCUCGGGAUCCAUGCCAUCAUAUAUGCUGUCCAAAGCUCUCAGGCGAGACUAACGACAGAGCAAAGACAUAUAUUGGGAAAUAUGGCCAAUAUAUUCGAAGAGCAGAAGAGCAUUCAGGAUAUCUCCUAUUUGUUUUGCACAUUCGCGGACAGCAAAAAACACCCCGCCUUAGAAACUGUGAAUGAGGCAGGACUGAAAUACAAGAAGCAUUUCGCCGUGAACAGCUCCUCCUACUUCGUCAAGGACGAUGAAAAUGGCCAAUCCAGUGACGACGACGAGAACGAACGGAGAGAGGGAAAAUUGGAGUCCAUCAACAAACUCCUGUUCGACAUGACGACGAAGAGCAAUCAGGAAUUCUUCGACGCCAUCCAGGAAAACCUGCCCAUUCCAGUCCGCCUCUAUCCCCGCCUCGAUCCCCGCCCCGAUCACAGCCCCAGAAGGGAAUAUCCUCACCAGGAUACUAAUGUGGUGAUACCAAACACGGGAAGGCAAGAUGAGGGAUUUCCUUUCGCGCCUGUCCCAGCGUUGCAACAGCAAAAGAUGAGGUAA